GAGAGAGAGAGAGAGGAGAGAGAGGAGAGAGAGAGAGAGAGAGAGAGAGAGAGAGAGCGGGAGCAGUCAGCAACAUGUAGCGUCGCCGCGCGGAGGACAGGACCAAACAGUGCGCGGGAUUUUUCUUUUUUAAUUUUGGGGAGCAUGAUGUGGUUUGACCGUGAGGACGUUUCCCCGCCACGUUAGACUGAUCCGCUGUGUGCCGCAGGACAUGUCCGGCCGAGGGAUGGACGGCGGCGUCGUGGCGCACGGAGAGCAGACGCGGAGCGCGCACAGACCAGAAGAGCACAGGUCUCCUCUUCUCAUCAGGUGAAACACUGUGAGACACCAGCCCUCCCCCACCCCCCUUCCUCUUCACCUCUCCAAACAUCAACCUUUAACCCCACUUCCCAAACCCAUCCAACUCCACCUGUCAAACUCUAUCCGACACCUGCCACUGGCCUUCCCUUUACCCCAUGGUGGCCCCAAGGCCCACCCUCUCACUGCUACUGGCUGUCCUGGCCUGCACGGGGCCCGCACGCCCCUCGCCCCCCCCUGCUACUGCGGCCCCGGAGAGAGAGAGGGACUCGGGGUGGGGUCAACAUCGCCGUGGUCCACUCGGGCUCCUCCCUGCUCCCGGAGACGGCUGUGGUGGGAGGUGCGGGGGCCAGCGAGCCUGGGCUGGGGCUGGGGUCCGGUCUCGGAAACGGUCCGGAGGAGGAGGAAGAGGAGUAAUGGAUACAGGUUCAUUGGCAGGAGCAGCUGCGAUGGUUUCACUUUCCUCCUCCUUGUCAUCCCUGUCACUGGCGGCACUCAUGGGGGAGACAGUGAUGACUCCUUCAGGUCAGGCCAACGUGAUCUAUCUGGCUGUGAAUGAAAGCAGCCCAGGCAGCCUGCUGCUGCAGCUGUGUGAGCUUCUGGCUACCACGCCACUGCAGGGUUGGUGUUGAGGAGGAGAGACACCACCCCCGAACCGCGCCCCUCUGGCCCCGAUGUUGGAGUUUGUCUCUGCCCAGACGGGGGUUCCUGUGGUUGCCGUCGGGGGAGGAGCCAGCCUGGGACGGGAGCCACAGGAGAGUGGCUCCAUCUACCUUCAGUUCACUUGCUCCACUUCACUGCAGCUUGAGGUCAUCUUCGAGGUUCUCGAAGAGUAUGACUGGACGGCCUUCUCUGUGGUGACCACACGCCAUCAUGGCUACGAGGACUUCCUGGCCAUGGUGGAAGGGAUGACAGAUGGUUCCUUCAUUGGCUGGGAGAAGAAAAGUGUGGUGAUCCUCAACGUGACCGAUGACCCUGGAGGGGCACGAACCAAACGGCUUCUGAAAGACAAUGAAGCCCAGGUCCGCCUGCUGUACUGCUCCCUGGAGGAGGCUGAGCUGAUUUUCCGGGGAGCCUGGGCAGUGGGUCAGGCCGGGCCCAGCCACAUGUGGUUUGCGGUGGGACCAGCACUGUCUGGUUUGGGGCUGGAGGGACUGCCCAAGGCCCUCUUCGCUAUCCGCCCACAGGGAUGGAGGGACGAGCCGCGCAGGCGCAUUGCCAAGGGUGUCUCUGUGCUCACCCACGGAGCCAUGGCUCUGCGGCGGGACCAAGGGACCUCCAGUCGGGCGCAGUAUGCCGGCAACUGCCAGGGAGACGGCAACCAUACCCAUCGGGUCCCUGACAGAAUCAGGUACUUUACCAACAUAUCCAUUGGUGGGCGGGACUAUUCCUUCAACAGUGACGGCUACUUGUCCAAUCCGCUGCUGGAUGUCAUCUCCUACACCAAUGGGAGAGGUUGGGAGGAGGUUGGCUGGUGGGAGAAUGGACAUCUGCGUCUCCGUUAUCAUCCCUGGUCUCGUUAUGGCUCCUUUCUGAAACCGCUGGAUGACUCUCAGCACCUCAGAGUAGUCACGUUGGAGGAGAGGCCUUUUGUCAUCGUAGAGCCUGCUGACCCGGGUACCAGCUCCUGCAUCCGGGACUCUGUACCGUGCCGCAUGCCUAUCAACUCCAGCUUGGUGAUGGAUGGCGCAGUUCCCAUGAAGCACUGCUGCAAAGGUUUCUGCAUCGACGUCCUCAAGCGCCUCUCCAAAAUCGUCAGCUUCACCUACGACCUUUACCUGGUGACCAACGGGAGGCACGGGAAGAACAUAGAUGGCGAGUGGAACGGCAUGGUCGGCGAAGUGGUGUCCAACAGGGCCGACAUGGCCAUCGGCUCGCUCACCAUUAACGAGGAAAGGUCAGAGGUCGUGGAUUUCUCCGUUCCAUUUGUUGAGACAGGCAUCAGCGUCAUGGUUUCCCGUAGCAACGGCACGGUAUCGCCUUCAGCUUUCCUCGAGCCGUACAGCCCGGCUGUGUGGGUGAUGAUGUUUGUUAUGUGCCUGUCGGUGGUCGCCGUCACCGUCUUCAUCUUCGAGUUCUUCAGCCCCGUGGGAUACAACCGCAGCCUGCAGAGCGCCAAGAAGUCGGGCGGCUCUAAGUUCACCAUUGGGAAGUCGGUGUGGCUGCUGUGGGCAUUAGUCUUCAACAACUCUGUCCCUGUGGAGAAUCCCAGAGGAACCACCAGCAAGAUCAUGGUGCUGGUGUGGGCCUUCUUCGCUGUCAUCUUUCUGGCCUCCUACACUGCCAACCUGGCUGCUUUCAUGAUCCAGGAGGAGUACAUCGACACCGUGUCGGGGCUGUCCGACAAAAAGUUCCAGCAGCCGACAGAGCAGUACCCACCGCUUCGGUUCGGCACGGUGCCAAACGGCAGCACAGAGGAGAAUAUUCGCUCCAAUUAUCCCAACAUGCACCAGUACAUGAUCCGCCACAACCAGAAGGGUGUGGAAGAGGCCAUCGACAACCUGAAGACUGGCAAACUGGACGCCUUCAUCUAUGACGCUGCCGUGCUGAACUACAUGGCCAGAAAGGACGAAGGAUGCAAGGUGAUGACCAUCGGCUCUGGCAAGGUGUUCGCCACCACCGGCUAUGGCAUUGCGCUGCAGAAGAACUCCCGCUGGAAAAGGCCGCUGGAUCUGGCGCUGCUGCAGCUGGUUGGAGACGAUGAGAUUGAUAUGUUGGAGCGUCUCUGGCUGUCGGGUAUCUGCCAUAACGAUAAGAUUGAGGUGAUGAGCAGUAAGCUGGACAUUGACAACAUGGCGGGGGUCUUCUACAUGCUGCUGGUGGCCAUGGGUCUGAGCCUCCUGGUCUUUGCCUGGGAACAUCUGGUUUACUGGAAACUACGGCACUGUGUGAAGAGAUCUGGUGGGAUGGAUUUCCUUCUGGCUCUCAGCCGGGGGAUGUACAGUUGCUGCCAAUUUGAGGAUGAGACGGCACCAGGAGGGAGAAAAAGCUCUUUACCACAGUACCACACUGUGACUACCAUGCCCAGUGUGCCCCAACAACAUCUUGUUACCGCCACAGUAAACAACACAACUGCCAUCGCCAUGGCACAGCACCAACCGCAGCAGAAGCAUUAUCAGCAACAGCAGCAGCAGGGGCAGGCCUACACCACCAUUCUGCCUGGAUCACUUCCCACUGCAAGCCAUUCAGCCAUGGCUCUGGGGCCCUCAAACAGUCCUUUACUGGAAGGUCCCAUGCCGUGCUCCACCUUUCUGCCACGCCAUGACCGGCGGCUGGCAGUGGUCGACCGGUGGAACAGGCCAAAGCCAGAGAAAGUCAUGAGUGCAGGCAGUGGUGGAGGCGUGGGUGUUGGGGGAAUUGCAGGAGGGAUUACUGAACUCCAGGCACAACCACAGUUCCAGCAGAACCUUGGACAGCACUGGAAUUUGCAAGGAGGAAUUGUAGGGGGUGUAAUGGGAGGUGACAUGGGACUGGAUGAGUACAAGCGCUACUAUGGGCCUAUAGAUCCAGAGGGACUAGGAACCAACUCAGAACAACAAGUAGGAGGCCCCCAGCAGACUCCAAAAACAAAUCCAAGAGGUCAAAAGGCCUCAGGAAUGCAACGGAUGCCUCCGAAAGGCUCCCAACAAGGCCAAGGACAUUUAAUACUCAAGCCUCCUCCACCAAUCCCAUCUUCCCCACAUCGAAGACCUUCAUUCUGGAGAAGAGGAAGCCUAGCACAGGCAAGAAGAAAAGGUUCAGGAGGGCCCCUAUAUGAGAACAUACUCCCCUUGGGAAGGCGAGGUGGUGGAAGGUAUGGAGCAAGUGAUGGACGGCGAGGACGCCGGCCUCCUCCACCACCUCCAUUGCCUGUCCCUCUCUCCUCCCCUACACACACCCCAACGACUCCCUCCUCCCCAUGCCAUUUCUACUCCGCUUGUUCUAGUGCCUCCUCAUCCUCCUCUUCCUCCUCAUCAUCCUCAUCCUCCUCUUCAACCUCUGUCUCACUCUCUCGAUCCAAUUCUGUCUCUUCUUGCUCCAGUGACAGCUCUUAUAACUCCUCGCUGAGUUUCCGGUAUCGAGCAGGAGACCGGGAGUUCAUGGUGGAAGAUGACUAUGAGUCAGACCUGCUGACAGAGGAGUCCAGCCUUCUUCUGGGGUCACGAAGGAAGAUUCGUUCUCGCCGCAUGUCAUCACGCUCACUGCCUUGCAGCCCUCCCCCACCACCUAUCCCUCCUCGUAAACCACGCCCCCAAAGAGAUUAUGGAAGAGACAGGACAAGUAGCCAGCUUGCUCAACUACAGGAGUGGUGGGCAUCAUGGGGAGACAGAGAGCGAAGAAAGAGAGGUACAACAAGCCGGGGAGAUGGUUUGGGGGUGGGGAGAGAGGAAAAGAGGCACCACAAAGAGAAGGACCGUGAGAGGAAAAGAAGGAAGAAAGGACGAAAGAAAAAGAAAAGGGAGGAGCGGGAGAGGGAAAGGGAGCGAAAACGACGUAAAGCAAAGAAGAAGAGGAAGAAAGAGGAUAAGAUGAGGAAGCGAGAGCGAAAGAGGUCAGAACAGGAGGGAGGAGAUACUGAGAAAAGAGAAGAACUCAAAGCAGGGACACCCGACUACCCAUCAUACCCACCCAUGAGGCGAGAGUCAUUUCGGAAAAAGAGUGAAAGCUCAGUCAGAAGUUAUGGAUGGAACAUCCCAGGUGAUGAUGAGAGGAAGGAACGAGAUGAGAAAGAGAGGGAUGAUGGGGAAGACCGAUGCAAAGAAAGGCGCCAUAGGCGAAGAAAUAGCAAGCACUUUCAUGGUUCCACGAGUAAGCCUUUAACAUCGGUAAAGUUCUGGGGAGGAGGCAACACAUCCUGUGACACCAUUCCGUCUGCCUUGCUGCCUUUGCUACCUGUUUGCUCCAAAAGAAGGAAAAGUAAAACCUCUGAGAGAGAUGGUUUAGCAGUGGAAGGAGAGAGGAGGCCACUGCUGGGACGAAACAGAAGAGGGAAGAUGCAUUCCAAGGAAGGCUUGGCCUUCCAUGAGUGGGAGACCGAAGUUGAUGAUGAAGAAGAUGAUUCCGAGCAGGAACAAAGGAAAAUAGAACAAGGGAAGAGGUGCGGAGGAGGGAGGACAUUGUCAGAUGAAGAGCAGGAACAUGAUAAAGUUGCAGGGAUAUACUCGGAUGAUGACGGCUCUUCAGGCGAGUUUGGAAAGUUUGAGAGGUACUGGGAGGACCAUGAAGGCCGGGCAGUUGGGGGUAUUGGAGGAGGAGGUUGGUUUUUCAGCACCUACCCAUCCAGGGAUAAAGCUGGUAGCAUCAAUAGUAGAGAUGACCUGUUUGUAGAACGAGGAGAGCGGUGGGGAACAGGAGAAAGUGGAUGGGGCUCUGGUGGAGGUGGUCGUGCAGAUGCAGGAGAAAGACGGUACGGAUCAGGCUCACACUGGCCGUUGCCUCCUUUUACACCUCCACCUCCUCGGCGUUACUGGUCGGUAGACAAACUCCACAUACAGGAUGAGAAGAAAAGUAAGCGCAAGAAGGACAAGGGGCGAGGUCCUGCAGCUUGCACCUCCUGCCAUUCACCCCACCACCACACUCACUCCUCUAAAUGGGCCCGCGUAACUUCUCGAAGCCAAGAAGAACUGUACCACCACUGCCAGAGUUUCAGUGGUCCCCUGAACCCCAAACAUGAUUCUUCUUCAUCCUCCAAACCUGAUCGCUCACAGAAUCCAUCCAAAUCUGGCAGCCAGUCAAACCUUAGUAUCCAGCGGACACAGAGAACAGAGAGGGAUCGAGAUCGAGGAAGACAACCAUCUCCACCUCAAACCCUCAUUCCAAACAUGCCCUCUCCACUCCCUGCACUUCCAGCUCCCCCAUCUUCAUCUCACCCCGUCCAUGUCCCUCCACCUACCUCCUCCUCUUCUGUGUCGUCUCCAUCUGUAGUUUCAUCCGCCCCAGGGGCAUCCCAGUCAACUUCUAUGGCUUCGGCAAGUGCCAAACUGCAAUACCAGAGACUGCGUUCUGUGCCCCAGCCCCAGAGGUUCUCUCAGUCUCCCCACUUACCACUCAAAGCCAAGAGUCUCUGCUCAAGGAGGGGCUCAGCCCAUUUCUCCAGCGUGGAGAGUGAGGUGUGAAGUACAACACAAGGUCCAAAGACGCAGGACUGCUAAGCAGGGGAUCUUGAUCUAAAUCUGCUUGGAAACAAAGGUAUUAUGGCAGCCAAAUCAGUAUAGCCUACCCUCUGAGCCCUUCAUAAAACUGCACAAACAAACCAGAAAGCCAAAUGAAUCCCAUUGUGUAGGUCAAAGGAAGACACAAGCAAGCUAUGUUCUUAUUUCUCAGUGUUUGAAAGACUACAACAUAGCAUGUAUGAACUGGGUUAACCAGUAUGCCAAAUGGACAUGAAAUAUUUAAAGUAGUAUAACUGAAGAGAUUCCUUUGCUAUAGACAGUAAAGGGCUUUGGAUGUUGAAGCAGUAGAGAUUUUUUUGCAUUCAGAGGAUUCUCAAAGCUUACUGAGGGCUCAGGAACUUUAUAGUACUGUAUACCUGUUGCUCUUGGAAGCCUUUAACAAUGAACGGUGUUCUUGAAAAAGAAACCCUUAAACAAACCUCUUACCCCUACGUUCCUUUUUCCUUAAACUGUUUACACCCCCGCAGAACUGUGACGGCCACCUGAGGCACCUUUGUUGUGUAUGACCAAUACCUUCUUAGGGGGAGGCGAGGUGAUAAACACUUUAUCUUCUCUGUGAUAUCAUGUAUCUAAUAUUGGUCUUCUUUUUUGUUCACUCCAGUGUAGCCACACCUGGUUCCGUUAGCCUCCUCCGCCUCUUUAUUUUCCUCAGCUUUGCCUCCAUUUUGACCUUAUUUGCAUGUCGAUCUUCUCCUCAUCUCUCUUGUCAAUCUCUUCUCCUGUCGUCCCAUCUUGGCUCCUCUCCUCAAUGUGAUUAUUCUGUGCGUCUGUGUUUUUCUGUGUUUGUAUUCUUGACAACAGGGUAAGUCAACUGUGACUGAUAUUUUACUGGCUUAAUGAAAAGCUGAGUGCCAAACUUAAGUAGAGCUCGAAAUCAGUAUGUACCACAUUCGCUGCCGUGUUUCUCGUCUCUUGCAGAGCAUUGCCCAUAAAAAUGUACACGCCAACACAGGAAUAGGCACACCUAAGACUGAGACUAUUUCUUGAGCAAUACAUUAUUCAUUCUACACAUCUUGUUUUAUACUUCCAAAUGGUUGUUUUGCUAAGAUGUGAUGUUGCUCUUACGGUGGUAUUCUAUAUAUCAAGACAAAUUAAUACAAUGUAA